UGGAACAAAAUGGCGGCGUACUUGCACGGUGCGGAGAAGUAAUGUGGUUAUGAGAUGUCAACAUGUCACUUCUCAGAGUGUGUGCCUUUACCAAAUGUGUGAAGAUUAGCCGUUUUUUGUUGGAAAAGUGUUCUGUCCGAAACUCUCCAGAGAACUAUUGUCCUCUGUGCCUAAGAAACUGCGCCUCGAGACGAUUUACAGAGCACUAUCUGCACCUGCAAAGAAGAAAUAUAUCAUUUCUGAUUCCCAAGACAGAUGACAACAAGAAACGUUUGCUGGAACAGUCUCUAGUUGAUGUUCUUGAAGCCAGAAUCCAGCAGCUUCAGUCUGAUGUUGUAGAUGUCCAACAUGCAAAAGUGCAGUUUGUCUCUGCUCCCUCCUCUGGAACAGGACCAUUAUCUGGUAAAAGUCCAAAAAGCCAACCUCAGGCCAAAGCAGACCAACCCAAACCAAGAUCAAAAUCACAGCCCAGUCGUUGGAUGGAGAAACUCUCUCAAGAAAAGAAAAAAAAACUUAAGGAAGAACAAAAUCUACAACAGAAAAUCCAGAUGAAGAACAUGAAAGUGAGCAAAGGCAGCCAAAUGCUUCCUGGAACCUCCCAUAAAAUCAUUUCUACCACAGCUAAAAAGACUGCAGCUUCAAAGAAGAAACCUAACAAACACAUGAAACUGUCUGAAGAAAUUCACUCAGCAGUCUCUUCAACCUCCACCACUGUAGUUAGAACUGCUGCCUUGUCACGAAAGGUUUACAAAAGGAAUGCAAACUGUUUAGUCAAUAUAGCUGUAGAUAAAGGAGGCUCAACUAACUGUACAGCAGAAAUUGAGGGGAGAGCAAAUGCACUGGUGCAGGCAGAAGAGUUGGAGAAAACACUCAAUGCACGGUCCUCCUCAAAUACACAUAUAACAGAGGGACUAUUGGAUAAUAGUACGUACGCUGUAGAGCUCCAGCAGAGCAUCAGCUCGUACUUGGAGGCCUGCGUGUUUAUGGGGGACAUUGAUCGCGCACAUCACUUCCUGCUCAGUCAACACAGAGGAAUGAGCAGGCGGAAGCAUCUCAAUACAGACAUCUAUAACAUUAUGAUGAGGGUUUGGGCCAAAAAGGGCACACUGAGUCAUAUUGGCCGCAUAUUUAUUUUGCUGGAAGAGGCGGGUCUAAAGGCAAACCUGGGAUCCUACUGCGCAGCAUUGGAAUGUAUGGGACGCAAUCCAAGCUGCUCGCCACAAGUUAUUAUUAGGUGCCUGAACCAGAUGGAGGAGGAUGGAUUUUCAGUGGAUGACUUGUUUAGUCAGUGUCUGUUCAGACAGGAUGAGAGGGACAUGGUUAUGAACGCCAUUCAUGUAGUCCAGCCUGAAUACCAGCCAAACGUUAACCCAGACGGAAAGCAGCAGUACCCCUCACUGGUGGAGGACUUCUACACGCAGAGGGCGGAGCAUCGCUAUCCCAAACUGCACUUCACCAAGCAACAGCUCCAGGAGCGGUUUCACCAGCAGCUCAGCAUGGAGCGGGCCUGCACCGUCACUGUUGACUCUGUGGAGGCAGCCAAACCCGUCACUGAAAACAUGGACAAAAUGAGGAAGUUGCUGUCAGAGCUGAGGACACAUUGGCACAAAACACUGCUUCAGGCUUUGAAGGAGAACAAGAUGAUCCUUGCAAACACCAACUCCAAAGGCUACAGACUCAACAUCUAUCCUUACCUGUGUCUCCUGGACGACAGCGACUACGUGGACAUCAUGGUGCAGAGUGUUGCCAACAUGCCACCCAGUGGGGAGUCCCUCAGGGUUGUGGCCCGUGACCUGGGCAGCAGAGUCUACAACAAGUACUCUGUGAAGCAGAAGCAACAGUAUCACAUGGUGCAGAAGAUGACCAGCAUUUACAGCUCGUACACAGACAUUUUAGCCAAGGACACUGAGGCGUACAGUGUCCUUCCCAGAGAGCGCUGGUGUGAGCUGGAGGCAGAGAACAUGGUGGGUCCCACUCUGAGGGGAACAGAGACCAACUGGCCCUACGCACUGACUCUGGAGCUGGGCACGUACCUGGUGGAUCUGAUGGUGAAAAACCUCAAAAUAAACAGCGACAUUUUGAACCCCGCAUGUGACCGAAAACUCAUCCCCAUCCUGUACCACAUGUACACUUUCAGGAGCACCAAACAGGUUGGCUUCAUCAAACCUCACCCUAUCCUGACUCAGAUUCAGCAGGACGCCAUGGAGACCAAAUUGACUUUUGACUCCUAUGUCAUCCCGAUGCUAUGUCCUCCCGUGCCCUGGACUUCGGUCAAGUUUGGGGCUUACCUUCUUACCCCCACUAAACUUAUGCGAACUAUCGAUGGAGCCACCCAGCAUGAGUCUUUGCUGGAAAGAAGCCAGAACCUACAGCCCAUCAUGGAUUCUCUCAACCAGCUGGGCAACUGUGCAUGGAAAGUCAAUAAACCACUUUUAGAUAUUAUAAUUUUAAUUUUUAACGAUAAAGGGAAUGAUAAAUUAGAUAUCCCUCCACCAAUGUCAGAGGCCCCAAAAAUCCCCAGUUUCAACCCCCAAGAUCCAUCCUACACAUCCACUGAGAAGGCCCAAAUGAAAAGGGAGGUUGUUAUUGCCAAAAAGAAAUGCGGUGAAAUGCACAGUUUGCGCACAGAUGCACUUUAUAAACUUUCUAUUGCCAACUACAUACGAGAUGAGGUCUUCUGGUUCCCUCAUAGCAUGGACUUCAGAGGUCGGACAUACCCCUGUCCACCAUAUUUUAACCACUUGGGGAGUGAUGUGACACGGGCCAUCCUUUUGUUUGCUGAAGGAAAGCCCCUCGGUCCUAAGGGGCUGGACUGGUUAAAGAUCCACUUAGUCAAUCUGACAGGUCUGAAGAAGAGGAACUCAUUGCAAGAGCGGCUCGAGUAUGCCAAUUCUAUAAUGGAAGAUAUACUGGAUUCUGCUGACAACCCUCUGAAUGGCAGGAGCUGGUGGAUGAAUGCAGAUGAGCCGUGGCAGGCUCUGGCAUGCUGUAUGGAAAUAGCCAACGCAGUGAGAUCACCUGAUCCUGAACAAUUUAUUUCUCAUUUUCCCGUUCACCAGGAUGGCUCCUGUAAUGGGCUGCAGCACUACGCCGCUCUGGGCAGAGACGUUAUUGGUGCCACAUCAGUCAACCUUAUGCCCUGCGACCUGCCCCAGGACGUCUACAGUGGAGUAGCACAGCAGGUGGAAGAGCUGCGUGCACGGGAUGCAGAGAAGGGCCUAAAAAUCGCACAGGUCCUGGAGGGCUUCAUCAGUCGGAAGGUGGUCAAGCAGACAGUGAUGACUGUGGUGUACGGGGUCACGCGCUACGGGGGACGCCUGCAGAUCGAGAAGAGGCUGAAGGAGAUUGAUGACUUCCCCAAGGAGUAUGUGUGGGACGCCUCUCAUUACCUGGUGCGGCUCGUCUUCAGUGGCUUAAAAGAAAUGUUUACAGGCACAAGAGAAAUUCAGGACUGGCUGACGGAGAGUGCCAGGCUCAUAUCAAAGUCUGGACACUCUGUGGAGUGGUUAACUCCCCUGGGAUUGCCCAUAAUUCAGCCAUAUCAUCGCAAACGCAGCCAAUUGGUGAAGAGCACCAUGCAGCACAUCAACCUGCAGAUCAGCCAUGACACCAAAGAGAGACCAGACACAGUCAAACAAAAGAACGCCUUUCCUCCAAACUUCAUCCAUUCUCUGGACUCCACACACAUGAUGCUGACGUCACUCCACUGCCACAGUGCUGGUCUUACAUUUGUAUCUGUGCACGACUGCUACUGGACCCAUGCCCUUACUGUGGACACCAUGAACAAGGUACUAAAUCAAUAUCAUUGCAUAAUGUUUAUCAAUACAUCUGCAGAUCGAUACUUUGCAGCUGAUGUCAUGAACAUGUCCUGGGAGUUUGAUGCUAACUGUUGGCUCUGCUCUGUGUGAGGCUUUAUUAGACUUUAAUCUGAGCUUUUUUCUUUUUUUGGUUUAAUGCAAUCUA